CUCAUAAUCAUAAUUCAUAAUCCAUUUUAUAUUCGGAUCAUCCUCUUCCUCGGUUUCUCGCACUCCUAUAAAUACUCCCCCCACCUUCCAUCCCCAUUCUCUCUCUCUCUUAAUAUUUCCCUCACCAUCCACCAAACCCUUCUCUCUCUUCUCUCUCUGCUCUCUCUCUGUCUCUCUCUCUUUAACAGCUAUGGCUAACAAUGGCGUACCGGCGACCGGAAAAGGACUGAUCGUGAGUUUCGGCGAGAUGCUGAUCGACUUUGUGCCCACCGAAUCGGGCGUUUCGCUGGCCGAGGCGCCGGGCUUCCUCAAGGCCCCCGGUGGUGCCCCCGCCAACGUGGCGAUCGCUGUGGCCCGCCUCGGCGGGAAGGCAGCGUUCGUCGGAAAACUCGGCGACGACGAGUUCGGCCACAUGCUCGCCGGUAUCCUGAAGCAAUACGGCGUCACCGGAGAGGGCAUCCUCUUCGAUCAGGGCGCCCGCACCGCCCUGGCCUUCGUGACCCUACGCGCCGACGGAGAGCGUGAGUUCAUGUUCUACCGCAACCCUAGCGCCGAUAUGCUGCUCAGGCCCGACGAGCUCAACUUCGAGCUCAUCAAAUCCGCCAAGGUGUUCCACUAUGGAUCCAUAAGCUUGAUUGUGGAGCCAUGCAGAUCAGCCCAUCUAAAGGCAAUGGAGGUGGCCAAAGAUGCCGGUGCAUUGCUCUCCUACGACCCGAACCUACGGCUGCCGCUGUGGCCGUCUGCGGAGGAGGCACGCAAGCAGAUCAUGAGCAUAUGGGAGAAGGCUGAUGUGAUCAAGGUUAGUGAUGUGGAGCUUGAGUUCCUCACAGGGAGCCCUAAAAUUGAUGAUGAGAAUGCAUUGACUCUUUGGAAGGACAACUUGAAGCUCCUCCUCGUCACUCUUGGUGAGAACGGUUGCAGAUACUACACCAAGCAUUUCCGGGGAUCCGUGGAAGCCUUCCAUGUGAAAGCAGUGGACACUACUGGUGCUGGUGAUUCAUUUGUGGGUGCCCUGCUUGCAAAGAUUGUUGAUGACCAAUCUAUUCUUGAAGAUGAGCAGAGGUUGAGAGGGGUGCUGAAAUUUGCAAAUGCAUGUGGAGCCAUUACAACCACCAAGAAGGGAGCAAUCCCUGCCCUUCCCAGCGAGUCUGAAGCCUUCACCCUAAUCAAGGGAGCUUAGAAGAAGAAGAUCUCAAAACAAAAUUACUUUUGCUCUCUUAUUUUUUUUUUCUUCUUCUUUUUAACUUUGUAGGACCUUUGUUUCAAUUUCAUUUGCUUUUUGAUUGGAGAAGGGGUUUUCCAACCUCAGUUAUCUUUUUGCCUCUGCGUGUUAUGAUGGAAAAUUGGCAUCGCCUUAAGCAUCGCUGAAUAAGUAUAUAAUUUCCUCACACAUUUUCAGUU